ACAGCUUGGAGAACAGAGAGCUCAGACUUUCUUUUGCUCAGGACCGACUGUCGGUGCAGGCUAUUCGCUGAAACCGGCGGAUGGGUUAACAGCUGAUUAUUGUCGGAAACGAUCGGCCCGACAUCAUCUCCAAGUAGCAGCUCUCGGCGGCGGAGAGGCAGUGGAUCCUCCGGAUCUCCAUGGCCAGUUCCGGAGCACAAGGGCUGCGGCGCUGCGCAGGGCGAGCCGUGCUGUGCUGCGUGGUGCUGACCGUGUGCGGGGCCGCUGCGGCCGGGCAGAUUCGCUACUCGAUCCCCGAGGAAAUGCAGAAAGGCUCCUUCGUGGGGAACAUCGCGCAGGACCUGGGGCUGGAGGCCAAGGCGCUGUCGGAGCGCGGCGUGCGCGUGAUUUCCAGAGGUAGGACGCAGUAUUUCGCUUUGAAUGUAAAGAGCGGCCAUUUAAUCACGGCGGAGCGGCUAGACAGGGAGCAGCUGUGCGGCCGGGCUGAGAAGUGUCUCCUGAACUGCGAGGUUAUAGUGGAGCAUGACAUGAAGAUGUAUGGAGUGGAAGUCGAAAUCACAGAUAUAAACGACAACGCUCCGAGCUUCCAAACAGGGGAAAUGGAGCUAAAAGUCAGUGAGACAACAGCCCCAGGAUCCCGGUUCCCCUUGCAUAAUGCGCAGGAUCCUGAUGUGGGUAGGAAUUCGCUUCAGAGCUACAAACUGAGCAGUAACGAACAUUUUUCUCUGCAAAUACAAACUGCAUCUGAGGGUGUUAACCCCCCCGAAUUAGUGCUCGAGAAGCCCCUGGACCGGGAAGAGCAGGCUACUCACGACCUCAUCCUCACCGCCACUGACGGCGGAGAUCCUGUCCGCUCCGGCACGGCGCGGAUCCACGUGGUGGUGCUCGAUGCCAAUGACAACGCGCCCGUGUUCAGCCAGCCGCUCUACCGCGUGAGCGUGCGGGAGAACGUGCCCGUCGGGACCACGGUGGCUACAGUGAAGGCCACGGAUCUGGACGAAGGUAUUAACGGACACGUGAUAUACUCCUUGCAAUUCAAAGACCAGGCUUCCCAAGUAUUCCAACUGGACUCUAGGACCGGAGAUAUAACGGUCUUCAGGAACCUGGACUACGAGGAAUCCACAUUAUAUGAAAUGGAGGUAAGGGCGCACGACGGCGGAGGCCUCUUGAACAGGGCGAAGGUCGUGAUCUCUGUCAGCGACGUGAACGACAACAUCCCCGAGAUCAGGAUCACCUCCCUGCUCAGCUCCGUCCCCGAGGACUCCCCGCCGGGAACCGUGAUCGCCCUCUUGAUCGUGCAGGACCAGGACUCAGGAGAGAACGGCGCCGUCACAUGCACCAUCCCGGACCACGUCCCCUUCCGGCUGCAGAAAUCCGUGGACAACUACUACAGCCUGGUGACGGCCAGGGACCUGGACCGGGAGCAGGUGGCGGAUUACAACGUGACGGUCACGGCCCGGGACCGCGGGGCGCCGCCGCUGUGGUCCGCCACGACGAUCGCCGUGCAGGUGUCGGACGUGAACGACAACGCGCCGGCCUUCAGCCAGGCGGCCUACAGCGUGUGGGUGAGCGAGAACAACGCCCGCGGCGCCUCGGUGUUCUGCGCGCGGGCGGCCGACGCGGACUGGGGCGACAACGCCCGGGUGACGUACUGGCUGGCGGAGGGCGAGCUGCAGGGCGCGCCGCUGUCGUCGUGGCUGUCGGUGCAGGCGGAGAGCGGCGCGGUGCAUGCGCUGCGCGCCCUGGACUACGAGCAGGUGCGCGAGAUCCGCUUCGCCGUGGAGGCGCGGGACGGCGGGUCGCCGCCGCUGCGCAGCAGCGCCUCGGUCACGCUGCUGGUGCUGGACCAGAACGACAACCGGCCCGAGAUCCUGUACCCGGCGGCGCCCCGCGACGGCUCGACGGGCGUGGAGCUGGCGCCGCGCUCGGCCGAGCCGGGCUACCUGGUGACCAAGGUGGUGGCGGUGGACGCGGACGCGGGGCAGAACGCCUGGCUGUCGUACGAGCUGCUCAAGGCCAGCGAGCCGGGGCUCUUCGCGCUGGGCGUGCACACGGGCGAGAUCCGCACGGCGCGCGCCCUGGGCGACAGGGACGCGCUCAAGCACCGCCUGGUGGUGGGCGUGCGGGACAACGGGCAGCCGCCGCUGUCGGCCAGCGUCACGCUCACGGUGGCCGUGGCCGACAGCAUCCCCGAGCUGCUGGCCGACCUGGGCAGCCUGGCGGCGCCGGCGGCCGAGGCGCAGGCCAGCCUCACCUUGUACCUGGUGGUGGCCGUGGCCGCCGUGUCGUGCCUCUUCCUCGCCUUCCUCAUCGUGCUGCUGGGCCUGCGGCUGCGCCGCUGGCGGCAGGCGCAGCUGCUGGGCUCGGCCGGCGGCGCCCUGGCCGGGGUGCCCGUCUCGCACUUCGCGGGCAUCGACGGCGUCCGCGCUUUCCUGCACUCCUACUCCCAGGACGUGUCUCUCACGGCCGGCUCCAGGAAGAGCCAGUGGAGCUUCGGCCCGCCCAGCUCUGCCGGCACCCUGGCUCGGCCGCCGGCGGGACAGGGCAAGGAGCCUGCCCCGGUGGGUAAGGAUUCAAAGGUGUGUGAGGCGGACCAGGCUGCGCUGCAGGUGAGCCGACGUUUUUGUAUUCUGUUGCCCUUGUUUACAUUCUGGUGUUUCUGUCUUUCGGAUCAUUGUUAGUGUCUGAAUUUAUAUUUGAUAAAAGGAGUGCCUUUUAAUUGGUAUGGACGAGUAGCCAUAGAUAUUAUGACAAUUCUUGCAUAGGGAAAGGGCUUUUCUGUGUGUGAUUCGAAAGAAUGUUGAAGACACGCGUUCCUUUGCGUCCAUGGCUUUACUACAGGGCAGAGGUCAGCGACCCCCUGCACGUAUGCCGAGCAUGGCAUACAAAGCCAUCUUGCUUGGCACAGCACCACCAGUCCGGGCUCUAAGCAGCUGCUGCCAGCCAUGGAGCCCAUGCUGCUCUCAGCAGGCGGCUGGGAGGCUUCAAGCGCUGUUGCAAGUCCACCGGGCUCCGUGGGCUGGCUGCAGCUGGGAGGCUACAAAGAGCUGCGCGGGGGUCCGGCAUGCUGACCCUCCAGCACCUUCCAAGGUUGGCAUUGUGGCUUUUUCAGCACUCUGGCCCCAAAAAUGUUGCCUACCCCUGCUAUAGGGGAUCUGAUCAUCAAGGUCUACCUUUGUGGUUAUUGAUUAACUGCAUGUCUGCAGUUUUGAGCCUGCUGUGGCUUAACACAUACAUAUGACACAAGUUUUGUUUUCAAAACUUUGGGGUGCAGUUUUCCCGAACCCCCUGUAUCUAUAUCUAUCAAACUUGGCAGGCUUCAUGCACUCAGAAGGUGCUACCAUUCUUGCAAGUGUCGUCAAAAUCAGGCCAGAAAUGACAAAGUUAUAGGCUGUUUUGUCCUUCCCCAUUAUAGUCUAUGGGCAAAACAUGGGAACAGAAGUGAAACAGCGAAACAUUUCGGAUUGCCUUGUUUUGUUUUGAGGCUGUUUCGACUGUAUCUGUUCCAUUUUGAUUUUGCUGUUUUGACCUUGAAACAGGUCAAAACAGCAUCAAAAUCAAACUGGCAGGGAAAUUUACUUAUCUCUGAUGCUAGAUUAUUUGCUUUUCCUGAUUCAUAUUUCUUAUGUUCUUAGAAUUGUUAACUUACAAAGAGAAUUUACUGUCAGUGGUGUGCAAAAUGUAGAAGGACCAUUAGGCUGUGUUUGUUAUGUCUCUUGCUACUACUAUCCCUUCCACUUUUUAAUAUGGGCUACUAAGAAUCAGAAGUAUAGAGCGGUGACAGGCACCAUGAGUAGAACCAGCCCUUUUCAAAAUUUGCUGGGUAAAUACUGUUCUAACCUGUGCAUAAAAAAUUCUAGUAACAGAGAUUCUACAACCUGUCUCUCUAAAGUCUGCCAGUGCUUCUUGACCCUCAUUGCUGGAAAGGCCUUAAUAGGCCUUAAGGAUGAUUAUCUGAUGAUUAACUACUCUCUUCAAGUUUGGCGAAUUUUGUGUGUAUAAAACCCCAAUUGUCUUUAUGUUUCACAGUUUUUGUAUUCUCCGCUCAUAUUAGGUCUUCUCACUUGGUUUGCAUAUGUAUUUGUAUUGAUAUAAUUCUGCAUUCCCCAGUUUCUCUUUAAAACUAAUUACAGAGUGAAAGAAGGAUUAGUAGGGUCUUGUACUAAGUGCUAUAACAUCCUAAGCUCAGGGAAAGAUGAGAAGUGUGGCAGAAAGCCACCUUUGCUUCUCCCCUGCCAAAAAACUCUGCUCUAUGACAAUUUUGAUUAGAAUGGGCCCAGCAGAGGAUACAUACUUUUACCCUAUCUCUUCAGGUAACCUGAGCUGGAUACAUUCCUGAGGGAGGGGGGAAACCUGCUCCCUCUGCCUACGUGACUGGCAUCACAUACCUGGGUGAAGGACUUCCUUCCUGGUGGGCUAGAGUCUGCCCAGCAACUAGUGAUGUAUUUCUAAUUGGUUGGCUGACAGCCAACAGGUGCUGGCCUCCAUUGGACCAGGUAAAUGAGGUCACAAGGGCUAUGUAAGUUAAGGACUGCCCAGGAGGAGGUGGGCAGCAGCCAUGAGGGAUACUCAGGAACAAAGAACAGCUGUACCAUCUGAAACUUGUGCUAUCUCUCAAAACUUAUGAUCAAGGAACUGCUUGCCUCCAGAGGGAUUCUCCAACUGCCUCUGGAUGCUACUUGUGAGUAAGCUAACUGAGAUCCAACUAGAUAUAUAGCUUGCAGUAACUCAGAUGCAAGAUCAAAGGCUACCCCAGCCACAGGAGUUUGCUCUAUGGGAUUUCUCUGAUAUUGCUCUACCCUGUACCCUAUUCUAACCCUACCCUCUGUAACCAAUAAAGUUCUCCUUUGUGACUGGUGUAAGAGACUUACUGAGGGGUGGGUUUAAUUAUGCCUAGGAGGCCCCUUGGGUCUGCGGACUAAGGGAGACUAUCCUUUUUGGCCCCCGAUUUGGGGAAGUGCCCCAAGUUCUUGUAUUGGGUCGAGUACCAAUUGGACUAUUAGGCCUGUGUUUCCCAGAGGACACAGGACCUAGACAGUCCCUUCUCGGGGUGGUGGCAGCACACGUUACCCCCAGACUCUGCGGUGGGGCUCGAAAGGGG